AUGUCCCACUGGCACCAGUAUGGGACCUUCUUCCAGGAAAACUUCCGAUGGCUGGCGUCAGCGACAAUUUACAUCGCCAUCGUCCUCAGCGCCAUGCAAGUCGGGCUGGUGACAAAGGUUCUCGCUGACAACGAUGCAUUCCAGUCGGCCUCGUACGGGUUCGCUGUGUUUGCCGUUCUGGGUCCUCUGGCAGUUGCAGGCUUGAUAACCCUUGUCUUUUGCUAUAUGUUUGUCAACAAUUUGAUUGUGGCAAUAGCCUACAAGGAGAGGAGGCUUCAUGAGAUCCGAGUCGGCUCUGGGGGACAUAAGUCCUCUUAG